UUGUCAGGUCACGUUUAAUUUCACAAUUUGCAGAUACCAGUUUUGACUGAAUUUAUAUUGCUCAAAAUUUGUAGCAUUUUGUUAAAACCCUCGCACUGCCCGAUUCACGGCCCCCGAGUGGUUUGUUCACCCCCGAUGAGCACCGCAGCCAACCAAGCCACCGCCGCCGCUGCUGCUGCAGCCAACCGAGGAGGAAGGCGGCUGCCGCCGUCGCCGUAGUGGGCGCCAUGGCCGACCAGCAGGAGCCCGAGGAGCGGCCCAUGAUCACGUUCGAGCCGACGCCAGACGCCGAAGUCAAGGCCACGCAGACCUCGCCGCCCGUGGGCAGCUCUCCGCUCAGCGCCCCCGGAGAGACACCGACGCAGCCGGCCGUCGCCUCGCCGCCGUUCCCUCAGCCGUGGACGCCUCGAAGCCCGACGAAAGGCGCAGCAGCCAGCGCGGGCGGUGCCACCGCGUCGCCUCAAGCGCCCCGGAAGUCGGUGACGGUGGCUGACGUCACGAGCCGGGCGGAAGCGCAGGAGCUGCACCGCCAGUGGGCGCACGAGCACUUCCUCGAGUCGGUGCCGGUCAGGGAGUCCCACAUGGAGGCCAGCCGCCGGGAGAGGCUCGUCAAGACGGCGCAGACGUUCUGCAUUCACCUCAGCUUCUUCGGAAUGGGCAUGUACUACGCGCUGUUUGGCCCCACUGUGCAAGACUUGGCCGUGACGCUGGACGUGGGCCUGUUUCGUGUGUUGUUCCUGCUGGCCGCCAGGGGCGUCGGGUACUUCUUGGGAGCCGUGGCCGGUGAGUGGCGCUCCGUGCCCGCGCGCGUACUACUACGUGGCGCGCGUGCUGCAGGCGGAGUGCUGCUGAGGCCCGUGAACCCGCAGGUGCUCCUCGUGGUGCUCGACUUCUUCCUCGCCAUGGCCUGCCUCGGGGUCUCCUACUUCGACACGCUCUUCCAGAGUGAGCUGCUCUUCGGACUCGGAGGAUUCGCCCUCGGGGCAAUCAACAUCGUGGGCGUCCUGUGGAUGUCGGCGCUGUGGCGAGAGGCCAGCGGGUUCCUGCUGCAGACCCUCAGCUUCAUGCACUGCAUGGGCUGCACAUUGGCGCCCGUGUUGGGCGAACCGUUCCUGACACAGCGAAGCGUGCUUCGACCACCGUCAGACAUGCCGCCGGCGGUCGAGAGGGAGCUCGCCUACCUGACCAGCCUCGAAGACAAGGACUUUGUUUACGUCGCGUACGCCUACUGGGCCGUCGCCUUGUACGUGUUCGCCGUCGUCUUCCUGGUGCUGGUCGCGUUCUUUGUUGACCCUCGGCACCAGGACCUAAGGGCUAUGGAGACACAGUGCCCCGUCGCACCUUGCAGCGGAAUCGUAGUCGUGUUGUUCUCGUACCUGUUCACGUCGGUCGCGAUGGAGAUAAUCUACAGCCAGCUCGUCGCCGCGUUCGCGCUUCUCCUCGGGCAGAACAAGACCGUGGCCGCCUACCUGACGUCCAGCUUUUGGGCCGCGUUCAGCGCAGUGCGGGGCGCUUCGAUCGUGUGGCUACAGCAGCACGGCUCGCUCGGCGUGCUGCUGUGCUCGAACGUCUUGCUCCUGGCCCUGGCGGGCUUCGGCUCCGCCUUCGGCCACCAGGCGCCGGCGAUGUGGAUCGGCGCGGUGCUGGCCGGCGCGUCCAUGGCUCCCGUGAUGCCCUCGACGUUGCUGCUCUUGCACGACCACUCGGGCGUCUCUCGGGGCCGGUUCGCCCUGGCGGUGCUGGUGGUGGGAGCCAGCUCGGCGUUCGCGCCGCUCUGCCUCGGGGCCGAGAUGGAGCGCGAACCGAUGCUCUUCCACUACGCGCUGGCGGCGCUCGCGGGCGUCUCGCUGCUGCUCCUGCUGGUCGCGAGGAUGCUGGUGCGACGCGGCGACGGUUACGCCCCGCUGCCCGCUGCAGUCGAAGCGCGGUCCUACAAGUCGCGUUAACUACGGACACAACAGCACAACAGUUAUUCACUGCGUGGACGAGUAGCGGCGCUCUUGUCACCCAGCUGUAAUAAAUGACAGUCACCCUUACGUGAUUUGAAGGCAUGAGGACUUGUACC